AUGCAAUACCAUCUCAUCAAAAUCUUCAUCAUCUUCAUCCUAACUCUCAUCUUUUAUGAUGGUUGCGAGGCAUUGGGGAAAGGGACUCUGGCUGGUGGUUGGAAACCAAUUCCCGAUGUCACUGACCCUCUAGUGGUGGACAUCGGGAAGUUUGCAGUGGAUGAGCAUGACAAGAAGAACCAUGCGACUCUAAAAUUCAGGAAAGUUCUUAGUGGAGAAAGCCAAGUGGUUGCAGGAAUGGAUUACAAUCUCACAAUUAUGGUUGUCAAUGGUGGUCUAGUGCUAAAUUAUGUGGCUGUUGUUUGGGAUAAGCCAGGGCAGAAAUUUAGGCAGUUAGUGUCGUUCAAGGGACCUAUUUGA